UAUAAACAAUUAAAAUUAACAUGCACUACAGUUUACUGUACAUGCUUAUUUACUCUGUAUUCCUGGCUCCUGUAUCUAGAUAAGAUGGUGACAUCCUGUCACCCUGGACCGUUGCACUGACUCACUGACGUGACCCAGACCAGACCGCGCCUACUGUCGCAGCAACAAAGACCCAGCGGUGACAAAGUUAAGUUGGACGCCUUGUUGCGAGCAUCCACACGACUGGUAAUCUUUGUCAACUCCCAGCCGCAAGAUACCGCCCCCCUCCCCCUUUCCCGAGGCCCGGCCCGGAUUCGGCUAGCCUCGCGGCAGGUCCUACCCCGUGGCGGUCGGGCCGGGUCGGGCCCAGGGCCCAGCAGGCUGGCUGGGUGGCACGCGUUGGGAGUGAUACCAUGCGAGCGGCGCGCGCCUUCAUUUCCCUGUGGACGCUGAGCGUGGUUGGCGCCGUGGGUCCCGCGGCGCCUUCCCCGGAGCGACUAGCUUCGCCAGCCGAGCGCUUCGCCGAGGAUGUCGCCGAGCUGCGAUCCACAACGGCUGACAUCGGUGAGCAGCUCCGCUCCUUCAACGAGCUGUACGUGGGCAAGCUCGAGUCGCGCAUCGUGUCGACGGCGACCUCCCUGAGCGGACUGCAGUCCAAUGUCGAGCGGCUGCUGGACCGAGCGCACGUGUGGGACACGCUGCAGCUGCACGUGGCUGCCUGGUCCGAGCAGAUGCACACGCUGUCCUCCAAGAUGGACCUGCUGAGCAGGUAA